CCCCCCCCAUCUUGGGGCGUUUCCGGCGCGAAGAUCUGGGCCUUGCUGGCCAUGAACCGCACCCUGGGCAAGGUUCUGUGCCUGAGAAAUGAUGCUUUCUCACACCAGGUUCGGUCCCUGGAAAGGUUCAGACAGGCCCGAGAGGAUCCUGCCUGUCGUGCAGGCGGCAUCCUGCUGAGCAGCCUCCGACACCACCGCUCACGGCCCACCCACGGCAUCGGCCGCUACAAGCACCUGCUCCUCCCUGAGGAGCCGGCGAAGAAGAAGAAGCCGGGGCAGGUGGAGGUGCAGCCCACGGACUCGGAGUACGGGGUUCUGAACAUCCACCUGACGGCCUACGACAUGACCCUGGUGGAGAGUUACUCCAAGUAUAUUCACAAUCUCUGCAACCAGCUGUCCAUCAAGGUGGAGGAAAGUUACGCGAUGCCCACAAAGACCACCGAGGUGAUGCUCCUGCAGGAACAAGGCAGUAAGCUGUACCUGGACUCGGUGCUGACCACCCACGAGCGGGUGGUGCAGAUCAGUGGCUUGAGCAUCACAUUUGCAGCUAUUUUCUUGGAGAUUCUGCAAGCCAAUCAGCCCGAAGGUGUGGACCUGUCCGUCAGGGAGCACUCGGAAGAAGACACCAAAGGGCGGUUCAAGUCACGGCCAGAACUGGAAGAGCUGCUGGCCAAACUGAACUAGUGGGGUGGCGGCAGGGGCCUGCGCAGGAAGCUGGACUGCACUGGGCUGGACUGGACUAGGGGGAGAUCUUCCCCUCCAGUGCCCGUCCUGCAGGCCUGUAUGCAUUUCCCUGAAAUAAAACUCUUGGCCAGCUCUCUGUGUGCGGGAGAGGAGCAAG